GUGGCUUGAUUAAAAGUUAGAAAAUCUGCGCUCCUUCGGCUAGCAAAAGGCCGGUUCGCGCAGGCGUAGAACCAUCCCAGUAGCUUGAUAAGGGAGUUAGAAAGUCUGCACUCUUUGAAAAAGGGGUUGGGUUCGAUUGGAGUGGAGUCUGAUGAGUUGCAAGAAAAAAGUUUCUAAAAUGCCCUGCCAAGGCCAUAAAACUACAAAAUGCACUUCUGUUCUUUCAAUAUGCACCCCAGUCAAGGACUCGUCAUGUCUUCCACUCUCAAUGGACUACAGCACACUAAACAGGAGCCAGUUGCAACUGCAUUGUAAAAAGCUGGGUCUUCCUGCCACAGGAAAGAAUGUUCAACUUAUAGAAAGGCUGGAAGAUUAUCAUGAAAAAUCUUCAUUGAAAAUCGCUUGUAAUAAAGAAGAAACAAACAAGCCAGAAGAAAAAUCUGACAAUCUUGGGACUCUUGUGAAGACCCCUUCUCCAGACAUGACCAAGAAUAUAAAAACAGGAACCUCUGAAGAGAAAACAGAUAUGGUCCGUGGUUGGUGUGUGGUCCAUGGAAUGGUGCUGGACUGUCCAGCAUCCAGCUGGGUUCCUUUGUUACUUCACAGAGGCUUGGUUUGUGUCCAGGAUGGAGAAAAUAUAGUCCCUUUUCAUCUAUCACCAUUGAAUAUUCCUGUACCUGAGGGAUUGUUGGACAACUAUAUCUGCAUGGAUUGCGUGCUCAGGAACCAAGAGAAACCAAAGAAAUAUUCCAUAUGCCAGCAAAUCCAAAGAAAAAAUAAUAGAGUUUAUACACCCCAGAGUGCUUUAAAGAACUCUCCCCCUUUGAGGAAAACCACCUCUUCUUCAUUCCUUGCAACUGAUGGUGCUAAAGAAAAAAGAACUAUAGAGAUUAAAAAGCUAUAUCAGCCCCAAGAGGACCAGGCCUAUGCUCAGCGGGUGGAUGGGCUCCUUUCCCAGAUGGCCAGGGGAGAGCUUGGUAUGGAUCGAGCUUUGCGUCCUCUCCAAUCCCUGGUUGUUCACUCUCCAGCUCCAUAUGAAAGAAUUUCACCUCCUACUUUGCAUGGAAUGGAAUAUCUGAACCUUCAAACUUAGAAAAAUUAAAUAGGUAGGGAUUUCUAUUUUGUUAGGCUAGGCAUGGCACAGACUUCAGCCUGGAAUGGAUAUCUUUCAUCCUUGAUUAACAGCUGAGAAAUUUCUGAUAUUGUCUAAUACCAAGAUGCAAAAAAGGAGCUAGCAUGAAAGAUGCAUGCUGAUUUUUUUCAUAGCAUUUGUGACAUGGUGAAGCCAUCCAUGCAGGUGUCCCAAAUAUGCCUCUUCAAAAGUCAGUUGGAAUUUCUGUGGGGUUUUUUUUUUCUGUUGAAAAAUUUUGCUUCUAAUCCAAAAAUAUCUUUAGUUCUUGGAUGAGAAACGAAAGGUCUUCAAGGAGGGGGGGACACAGAAGGUCAGUUGUCUUUUGAAAAAGCAUCUUUGGGAACUGAGAAUCUCUGCAGACAUCCAUGUAGAUAUUUUUGCUUUUCAGUUGGUUUGUUGUUUAAGUGUGAAAGGACAUAAAUAGCCUAAGGUCACUUAAGUGGAUUCCAUGCCUAAGGGAGAAUUAGAACCUAAUCUCUUUGCUCUUAUAUUCAUGGUGAUUUAAACCUUCUUAUUUAAAAGGAAAGGAAAUGUGUGAGUGCACUCAUGUCUCUAUGAAUGUAUACAACUCUUGUAAUUUUUGAUAUUGAACAAUAAAAAACUAUAUUUUUGAAAUGCUUUUUAAAUGAUAACUUUAGUGUUCUUAUUUCUCAUGUCUUGUUACUGUUGAUCCUUUCAACAAGCUCCUUUGCUGAGGAUAGCCUUUGACAAUACUGUCACUCAGAGUCUCAUUCCCCUUCAGCCCUGGAAAAAGAAGAAAAUGUUUUUUCUAUGGUUUUCCAAAUUAGUUUUUAUUUCUUUUAAUUUGAUAAGUUUCCAAAAAACAAGUAUAAAAAGGGCCCUCAAUCUGUCUUCUCUUUUUUCAUCCUUUUCAGCUAAGCCAUUUUCCAAUUCAUCAAGCAAACUUAGGGCUACCCAGAAAGAUAAUCCUCUUUAUGUCUAUUCCUUUCUCCCUCUUAAAUAAGAAAUCCUCUCUCUUCCCUUUCUCACAAACAAAGCAACCUCUCUUGCUUUAUAUUAUAUUCCCUAUUUGGAGUCUAGUUUUGCUGCUCCUCUUACAUAUGUCUGCAUAUGUAUUUAUGAAUGCUACAUUUUUAAGAGACAUUUGUAAAUCUCUAGCUAUAGUAUUUCUUUGUUAUAGCAAGAAGCCAUAAUGUUACCUUUUUGUGCUUUUUCAUUGAAUUUACUUGCUUCUCCACCUUUGAACUAACUUUGUCUUUCUCUCACUGAACUAAAUUCAUUAAAUACCAUGAACAGCUGAAGAUUUCUGUAUAACUGCUAUUUGCAUCUCACUGGAUGCGAAGUAUUAAUGGCUUUGUAUGCUAUUAGCUUGAAUAAUUCUUUAAUACAUUUUAUAGAUAUUAAUUAUGGUUUCAUUUUUUUGCCUUCUAGAAUGCAUAUACCUGUUUAAUAACCCAUUGUAGUCAGGUUCU